CAUCUUCUUCUUCACGAUACACAAAGCACUAAGGUAUACCGAACAACUACAACAUACCGUCAACAAGGAGGGAAAGAACAAUAGAAAAGUGCACACAUAGCGUACCUACAAAUACUGUUUAUUUUUGCAGCGCGGUAGAGGCACAGAUUAGAAAUCAAAACGUCCACAACUUUCAAUCGCUCUGGAAGAUACCGUUCGAAUUCCUUUUGUGUGAAACGAUCAGCAGAAACAACAACUAAAGCUGGAACAACAAAAACCACGUAUAGGAACAAUCAGAAAAGUAAUAACAAUACAACAAUGCAGCCGCAAACAAUGUUGCCCGUCGGCGACGACAAUAUUCCUGCUCCACAUUCGUAUCGCCAGCCGACGAAAGCAGUGAAGCACGGUCGACCGCUUUCUCCGAAUACCCUGGACAAGGAUAUCGACGAAGAAUAUCUUUUGGGCAUUCCGGCACCGCCUCCUCCACCAACUCCACCGCCAGGCCGACGCGGUGGCAGCAAGCAGCAUCUUGUUUCUACCUCUCCUAGCGAUCCAAGUAAUCCGACCAGUCCGCGGCAAAAGCGACACCAAAGGCAGCAACAACCCCCGGAAAGUCCACUGCGCCAGACUCCGAAAGAGCAGAGCGCUUGCGAUUCGACUUUUCACGAAAACGAUCCCAGUAAUGAAAGCACACCGACGACACUCCCCAAAACGAAAAAGGUGACGAAACCCUCCGCUAACAGCACGAGCGCCACCAACCAACGGACUCCGAAAACACGGACACCACAGCGCAAAAACACAACAAAAACCCAAACGCCGACGUUUAGUAAAAGUGCCGAAUACGGCAGCCGGCUCGAAUCGUUUCAUCAAGUCAUGCUGGAAAACAUUGAAAAGGAAGCAUUGCUAAUGCGGAGACAGGGAGCAACUCCGGGAACACCUCCCCGAAAUCAUUCGCGUGGAAGCAGCUCAAGCGGCCGAAAAGCCAGUGACUAUGGCAGCAGUGGUAACAACGGCGUGGAGAGUCUCCUCAAAGAAACCAUGAACGAUAUUUCUAGCGCAGCUGCAUCCACCAUGAAAACCCUCCAGUCGGCAAUCCAGCAUACAAAAGAACGGGCUUCGGCAGGCAAUCUGGGCGCAGGAAAUGCUGGACCUGCCCCCAUAGUAUGUGUUAGCAUACACCAAGGGGAGGCGGGGGAUGACUCCUUCGGCGAGACGGGAAAUCACUACCCACACAAUGCGAACGAUGACGACGAUCUCAUGUCUCCCAUGGCGACAGCCAGAAAGGAAACGCGGGAAAACCAGCGUUCGGCAGCAUCGAAACAACACGCAUCGAACAGACAUCCGAGAAUGGCUGCAUCACUGCCGGGCGUUGAACACAUGCCGAUGCUCAACUCUUCGUCCGGGGCCGAAAUGAUGAAACGAAUGGGCGAUGCCCUGAAAAAAGUUGUGGUGGACGCUACUGCUGGUGCUAACAAUCACCAGAACAACAAUGACGUACAACGCCGUAACGAUCGCGGAGAUCGAAGGGGCAGCGACGAAAACGAGAACGAUUGGGGAGUGGGAAAUAUUCUCGCCAAUGGAUUUGGUUGGGACGGUGAGGAAGACGACGAUGACGACGACCAGCGCUCCCGUGCUACCUACGAUACCUGGGAUGACGAAAACUCUGUUCUGAGACGGCUUGGAUCUUGGGGGACAGUCAACUCCCAGUACACAGCCGGUACCACAGGAACAGCCGCCACCUUUGGCACGAUGGCUACCUACGAUACGGGCGGUGACACAGAGGGAGGACUGAGCGUUGUUGGACCCGUGAGUGCCGCUGUGGCGGCCGCUUCCGCGGCCAAGCUAGCUUCAGCGGCAAACGGUGACCAGUCGAUGGCACAAGGCGGAGCAGAAGUCUUCCGCGACGACAACGGACAACGCAUCGAUCCAUUGUUGAUCGAGCGCGCAAUGAAAAAACAGCAGCAGAAUCUUCCAAAAGAGAGCAGCCUUCUCGGAAAAAAGUCACAGAGGAAAUCACGCCGACAGCGUCGUAAAAAGGUGGUCAAGUUCGAUUACCCACCAAUCAAGUCCCUUCGGCAAUACACGCGGCCCGACCCGGAGGAUCUGCCAAAGCUCUUUUUCACUGAAGACGAACUGGAUCAGAUCGAGGACGAUCGAUACUCGACGAUGAGCACGGACGACAUCGAAAUCGUCGCCGUCUCAUCCAAGGAAGGGUCUUCCAUCAAUGCCUCCGCGGACGACGGCGAUGCUGCAGCCACCGAUGGCGAUACCCGCCGCAAUACCAAAAAAUGUGCCGCAGGAAAAAAGAAAUCCUCGGGCGGCGACGAAGAGUACGAGUUGGGUUGCAAACCCGUGAAGGGACGAAGCGGGACACCCAUUCGUCGGAGGGCUCGUGGCGGAGACGACGAUGUAAAGCAAACCCAUUCCGGCGACACAUCCAGCAACGGGCCGAGAUCGCCUCGCAGACUCGUGAAGGGGGUCCAGAUCUAUUUGAGAGAGCGUUCCACCGGAGCUUGAGUUUAAGUGGAGCGGUGCGAUGCGAUGCAAAACCAAGCCGGCUAGUGUUGAGCUACUGAUAUUUCAACUUUUUUUACUCCAUUUGAGUAUGCGUAGAUACGCACGAUGCGCACGAAUGGAGUCCAUUUGGCAUCCUCCUUUCCCCUUCAAUUCUAUCCUGGGUGGCAAUCGUAUGCAAAAAUGGCACGAUUGAACCGAUUCUAUUUUGUGAAUCCUAGAAGUCGUUGACUGGCGCAAAAAGGCAAUAGCUGAUCUAAAUUGAUUCAAUCAUCACCAGAAAAAUGAAAUUUUGCCUCCCAAAAAAAUCCAGCCUGCUAUUUCACACUUCAUUGCUCUCAUCAACAAAUUUUAGCCCGAGACCCCACUUCUUGGCGCACACCACCGAAGAAGGAAGCCAAAUGGAAGAACAGCGAGACGACCAGAUCGACUGUGCAGUACAGCAGGAGCGAGCAAAACUGAUUGGAUUCUGUUUUGUAAGUCCGAUGGAUUUGGCGAUCUGUCGAAAAUAUACUAUACGCAAGCAAUGGAAGGAACAAAAUAAACCCGUUCUCCACGAAUAAUUAAUAUAGAAAAUUCAU